AUCAGAGUGAGGGACUGUGUCUGUCAAAUGGCAGCUAAACCUUUGAUUCCUGAGGACGAUCUCUGUUGCUCUGUAUGUUGUGAUAUUUUUAAAGAGCCUGUUCUCCUGAAAUGCAGCCACAGCUUCUGUAAAAUAUGUCUGCAGCAGUGCUGGGAAAAGAAAAGCUCUCGAGAAUGUCCCAUCUGCAGGAGAAAUGCAUCUAGGCAGGAUCCUCCUGUAAACCUGGCUCUAAAAAACAUUGUGGAGUCCUACUUAAUGCAGAAGUCUAUAAGGGAAGCUGCAGGCAAGAGUGAUGAUCACUGCAGUCUUCAUGGGGAGAAACGUUUAUUCUUCUGCGAACAUGACCAAGAGCCUCUUUGUGUUGUCUGUCAGACUUCAAAAAAACACAGAAACCACCCGGUCUGUCCAGUGGAAGAGGCUGCGCUGGAUCUGAAGGAGGAACUCAAGCCUGCACUUAAUCUUAUUAAAGAAAAACUGAAGAGGUUUACUGAGGUUGAACAAGAAUGUAAGGAAACAGCAGAACAUAUCAGGAGUCAGGUCCAUCACACAGAGAGGCAGAUAAAGGCAGAGUUUGAGAAGCUCCACCAGUUCCUGCGAGAGGAAGAGGAGGCCAGACUAGCUGCUCUGAGGGAGGAAGAUGAGCAGAAGAGUCAGAUCAUGAAGGAGAAGAUAGAAAACAUCACAGGACACAUCUCCACUCUUACAGACAAAAUCACAGCUAUAGAGAAGGCCAUGGACACUGAAGACACCUCCUUUUUACAGAGCUACAAGAACAUCAAGGAAAGAGCCCAGUGCACACUGCAGGAUCCAGAGCUGCUCUCAGGGGCUCUGAUAGAUGUGGCCAAACACCUGGGCAACCUGAAGUUCAGAGUCUGGGAGAAGAUGCUGGAGAUGGUGCAGUACACUCCUGUGGUGCUGGACCCCAAUACUGUACAUACCUGUGUCUCUCUCUCUGAUGAUCUGACCACUGUGAGAGAUGCAGGUACAGACCAGAAAUAUCCUGACAACCCAGAGAGGUUUAAACUCUAUGUGUUUGUGCUGGGAUCUGAGGGGUUUACCUCAGGGAAACACAGCUGGGAGGUGAAGGUUGGGAAUAAAUUAGCCUGGGAUAUAGGAGUGAUGAAAGAGUCCAUCAGUAGGAAGGGUGAUAUAUCAUGCAGCCCAGAGAGUGGAUUCUGGGUCUUAACGCUGAGGAAUGGUGAUAAGUACAGAGCAUCUGGAGUUACUGACCUCAGACUGAAGAGGAAGCCCCAGAGCAUCAGAGUGCAGCUGGACUAUGACAGGGGGGAGGUGUCCUUCUUUGACUCCAGUGACAUGUCAGUCAUUUACACUUUUACAGACACAUUUACUGAGAGAGUGUUCCCGUACUUCUAUCCCGGUUUGAAAAAAGAUAAGAAUGUUGGACCCCUGCAAAUAUGCCCACUGACAGUUUCUGUAAAAGUGACGUCAAACCAGUGACGGUAUUUGUUUUAAAAAAAUAGAUGGUGUACUUUUAAGGAAUGUUUGUUGUUUCUAAUCUGCUUCAGCAUACCUUACCUGGUUGCUGACUUGGGUACUCUGGAGUUGACUUGCUGGAGAUGUGAAUUGACCAAAGGGAGCUGGUUGAUGGCCUACCAAAACCAAAUGGAAGGCAGGCACACACAGAGCAAUAACAGUGAUCAUUUGGUUAAUGUAAUCAGCCUCAGUAUGCAUGAAUACUGAUUUAGGACAGACCAGAGGAAGUGCAAAGGGGGGUGUUUUAAUAGUCAGUCAGAAGAGAGCAGACAUGCAUACAGAGGUAACAGUUACCAUUUGAUUUCCUGCAACCUCAUUUCUAGAUUUUGUUCUGGAAAAGGGGUACAAAGCUGGUGCUUGAACAACACUGUAUUGUAACUUACCUGCGUUGCUUUUACCUUGUUCUUUCAUGCUGUAGAGGAUACUCUUUUUGCUUGUUAAUAUAAAUUGGUAUUGAUCUAAACUUUUGAACUGCAAAUAUUACUUCAUACGUAAAGAGUACUGUAGAGGAAAUUCAUUUAAUAAUUAUGAUGAAUUAAUUUAGUAUGUUUUGGGUUUUGCUUUGAUCUGAAUCACAAGACAAAACAUUUCAUGUAAUGUUUAUACAUAAAUCAAAUGUGCUUUUAUCAGAUUUUAUUCGUUUUCCAUUGUAAUUGAAUAAAACAAAUUGGUGUACAAUCAGUUUUGGUAACAUAAAAACAGAUAAAUAAAAAACAUUAAAAUAAACUUUAAAAAAAAAAUACAGAUGCACUCUUCUGGUUAAAUCAAAUUAUUUUAUGUAUGAUCGAUUUCAUUCUUGGCUAUAUGGGUUUAUAUUGCAGUGUACAAGCUUGAAAUGCAUCAUGAGCUCUUGUUAGUGUUAUACUAUCAGUCUCCUGUGCUCUUUCCUGGUUUUAGUUUGCAGAUGUAGUGAAUAAUCAGUUCAGCCUGUCAGCUCCAUGCUGUAGGAUUUACAUCUGAGCCUUCAGUAGCCUCACCUGCACACCUGCCAUUGGUCUCUCAUUCCCUUUCAUUGACUGACAAUUAUUACAUGACAGAUACUGUUUUAGAAUAGCCAACCAUACUUACAUAAAUGAUUUACACAGUUUAACUGAUUUUACACAAUGAUUUUUUGUUCAAGGCAAUACCAAUAAAAAUAUGUAUUAAAACACAACCCCAUAUUUCUCCCAAUAAUUUCAGAAUUGUCUAUUAUUCCACUGCUGUGGUUCACUGAAACAUGAAUAAAAUGAAUGUAGUUUUACAAAUCAAUAUUAGUAAAAAUACAAUACAACCUUAUUAAUUAACCCUCUAAAACCUCAUAUCUCCAACGUCCCUCAUGAUGGUCAUAACCCCACUCCAGAAUAUUUGAUAAUAAUAUUAAUCAAUGGUCAAUUAUGAUUAAUUGACAUAUUCAUCAGCAGGGCAAGCCACACUGUAAAAAAUUGUUUCACUAUUUUUUUUAGUUUUGAGCAUAAUUUAGAUUUUUACAUUUUGUUGUGAAGUUAUGCCAGUGAACAUUUAUUUGUUCAGAAAAACUACAUUUUAUUAUAAAAGCUUAAUUCAUUUCUUUACGGUUUUCUAAUGAUUAAAUUAAAGUUUUGUUAAUAAAACAACUCAUAUUGUUUUCAUGUUAGUUUGCAUAACAAUCAAAAAAUGUAAAAUAGUUAAGCUUGAGUGCCUUGAAAUGUUGAGUGUUUUAAAUUUUUUGACACUGCGUAAUCUAAAAGGAAACAAAUGUAUAACAGUCACAAAAUAAUCGGGUGAAAAAUAUGUUGGCAGUUUUGCCCAGAAAUUUGUUCAGUUGUUUUAUAUUUUAUGGGAAACCAAUGUUUCACUUAUUUUGUCUAUCCCUGUAUGUUUUAGUACUGACAAAGAGGCCAGUCAACAGUCAUUGCUUUCAUUUUUUUAUAUAAUGGAAUUUUUUAAUGAUGUUACAAAACUAAUAAUGAAAGUACUAUUUCAAGAA